AUGAUGAAACAUAAGGGCAAUAAUAGAACAUCAUACUAUAUAAAUACAUCCCAACAGGAAUACAAAAAACUCAACUUUCUUCCUCAAAUUGAGUCAAGCCUUGUUGAUACAACCAUUGGUUUUAUGAAUCAAGAAACUUUCAGAAAUGAUAAUCAGCAAUAUUAUUGUCCCUCCACAAGUUCAGAAAUGGAAACAAUGUUUACCGAUUCUCAACAUGUGUUAGUGAAACAAGAAGAAAAUGAACCUUUUUCAUCACACUACAAUGGUUACUCUUCUUAUGUAUUAGCCUCAAAUCAGAUGAUUUACCAGACUCAGAAGAAUCAAGGAUUGCUUAACGAUUUUGAUGCUUCAUUUUUGGCUUCAGAGAAUUAUGACACAGAAACUAACAUUGAUUCUUCUACUAGGAAUUGCUCCAAUCUCAUUAGGCACAAGAGUUCCCCUGCUGAGUUUUUCUCCAAUUAUUCACUUCAUAAUGGUUCUAUGAAUUUCUCAUCUACACAAUCCUCUUGCUCUAUCAACAUGCCACUAAUUGUUCAAAAUGAUGAACAUGAAGCACGUAAGAACAUUGGAAAAUGUUACAUGCCUAGCUUCACUACUGACUGCUGGGAUAGUUCUACAUUCAAUCCCCCAAAAACAUCCACUAUUAAUGGUGAAAUCAUGUUUUCCACCUCAAAUGCUUUGGAAACUCAGGAAUUAGACUUUGGAUACCAAAAACUUGGUUUGAGCCACCAUUUGAGUCUGCCAAGCUCUUCUGCCAAGAUGACUAGUAUGGACAAGUAUUUUCACAUUCAAGGAUCUGUUCCAUUUAAAAUUCGUGCCAAAAGAGGCUUUGCCACUCACCCAAGAAGCAUUGCAGAGAGGGAAAGAAGAAUAAGAAUUAGUGCAAGAAUCAAGAAAUUGCAAGACCUUUUCCCAAACUCAAAUAAGCAAAGUAGCACAGCAGAUAUGUUGGAUGUAGCAGUUGAUUACAUUAAAGACCUUAGGAAACAACUUAAGAUGUUAUCAGACACUAAGGCAAAGUGCAGUUGUGCAAGUAAUUAG